GCAUUUUUACAUUUAGUUGAAUGUACCGCCCAAACUCGACUGAUGUACUAUUGUUGACGGAUUUCUUACACUCGAUACACUACUUUUUUCCCGGGGAGUAAGUGAACAGAUGUGGCGGAAUAUUUAGGUGAGAAGACACGAGAGGUCGUGGUGUGUAGGACGGGACAGGAAUUGUUACACUGUUGACAGAAAUGGCAGUUGAUGAAAAUAGCCGGAAGGAUGGGAUAGAAACAUUUAUCGUUAACCAGGCCCGCGAGGAAGAUGGAGGGGAUGAGGACGGGAAAACUGCGAGGAAAAACAGUCUUGUUCUAGCUACGUUUUUAUUGGAAUUGAUCAUUCUGAUGUUCAUGGUAGUGUUGGAAUACUUUCUAAGAUGGACAACACUAUUUCCAAUUGUCCGACUGUCGUUCUCAUGCAGCGAUCCCUUGAUCAGUGUCCGUUCCGCCGAAUCUGGCUUUUCUACCUUUAUCUACGACGGGAGUCUUCCUCAUGGCACAAUCUACGCUCUGAGCUUCUGUGUACCUCCCUUCGUUGUACUUGUAGGCGAGAUUGGAGUUUGGGCCUUCACAGACGAGCGACAAAAACCGAUCUGGCUGUCCUGUAAUGGCAUGAAAGUUCCACAAGUCGUUAGAAGACUCAUUAGAUUUAUAGGGGUGUUUAUAUUCGGAGCCUUCACGGUGAUGGUGUUUGCUGAUGUGACGAAGCUGUUGACUGGACGACUGCGCCCGGUAUUCCUGGAGAUUUGCCGUGUUAACCAAACGCUGUGUGAUGCACAGGGAGGUCAGGGCAGUGACGAGCUUUGUUCAGAGAUAGAUGAAAUGAGGCUCAGAUACGCUAGAACGUCGUUCCCGUCCAUGUAUUCCGCCCUGUCUGCCUAUUCGGCGAUAUUCCUCACGAUUUAUCUACACGGAGCCAUGCGUACUCGCUCCGUGCGCAUCAUUCGGCCUUUCCUGUCACUGGCAUUUGUCAUGUUGGCGUUGUUGUGUGGACUAACAGAAUACGGGCUGAGCGUGAGCCACUGGGAUGAUAUCGUCGUCGGUCUGGCUAUGGGCGUGGUCGUUGCUGUCUAUUUUGGAUCAGCUAUCCUACACAAUUUCCGGGAACACGUGCCCGAAAAGAUUGUUUUGUCCCUGCUACACCGCUUCCUAUUGGAUAAUCAGAUAUUAGAGGAACUUAUGAAGGAGAGUGGGCAACUUAAUCUUCCGAGAAACAAAGACUUAUACAUUCCAAGAGCACAUAUGAGGCGGACUUCCGGCCUAGAAGAUGAUGACACAAAACAAAGAGCCCGGAUGUAUGACCACUUUCAACGUGAUUUAUCGACAACGGUAGAUCACUUCCGCGAGAGGAGAAAUUCACAAAUGGAUCCUACCACGCAAUUGUGACGUCGUUAGUGAAGAUCGAUUAAGUGAUGAUGUCGAUAUAAUAACACUUUAAUUCAAUGUUAUAUACGUUUUUACCGUAUAAUAUGGUGUGACGGGUAGAAGGUUACAGCGAGGAUCACUUUAUCAGAAAUAUGUCGUGGUCGGCAUAGAUUGUUACUUCGGAUUUUGAUGUUUUAUUAUAUAUAUAUAUAUAUGAUACUGUAUAAACAAUUACUACCUUUAACCUGGAAAAUCAUCCAUAUUUACAUAUACUGUUUAUAUGUGCUGUCUCUUGAUUACCUAUACACAGGAUUGACUUCAUUGACUUCCGCUUCUUGUUCAUCUUUGCGUUUUGGCGUUGACCCUUUAACUAUUUAUUUAUGUACAUGCCGUAUAACAGAGGCUGGGUCAGAACACUUUUUGUUAGUAAGUUAGUUACAAUGUACGUAAUUGCUGGUUGAACGCCUCUGGCUCUGUCCAUAUAGUCAGUGCUCUGUUAGUGAGAUGUCAGAACACCUGUUGUUAAUAAGUUAGCUACAUAAUUACUGGUUGAACGCCUACAUGACUCGGUCCAUAGUCAGUGUUCUGUCAGCGAGAUUCCAGAACAGCGAAAGGACGCAAUACUGUUGCAUGCGAAGGACAUCGAAAAAAGGAAAUAUCGCAUUCACGUAAUAUCUGUUUUAUGUCAAAGUCCUUUCCCAGCCUUCGUUAAAUAAAUAAUACCAUUCAUACUC